CCAACCCCCCCCCCCCAAAAAAAAGGACACUUCGAUAUUCAUCGAGACAUUUUUGACAUGGCAGACACUGAUAAGAAAUACGACGAUAUGACCCCCGAGGAACGCGAAGCCUACGAUAAGGCGGAAAAAGCUCGUGAGGAUGCGGAACAAGCAGCUCUUCCCUACAAAUGGAAACAGACGUUGCAAGAGGUGGACAUUAGCAUUCCUGUUCCUGUCGGUACUCGCGGAAGAGAUCUCGACGUGGUUCUAAAGAGAAAACAUAUCAAAGUGGGUCUGAAAGGCCAGUCGCCGAUACUCGAGGGUGAGCUCUGCAAGGAUAUCAAGUUGGACGACAGUACUUGGACAGUCGAUAAUCAAAAGGAAGUCAAUAUCCAUCUUGAGAAGAACAAUCAGAUGACAUGGUGGGAACACGUCGUCACUUCAGCACCCAAGAUCAAUACAAAGAAGAUUCAACCCGAAAAUUCCAAAUUGAGUGAUUUAGAUGGUGAAACUCGAGCCAUGGUGGAGAAAAUGAUGUUUGACCAACGCCAAAAAGCGCUGAAAAAGCCUGACAGCGAUGAACUGAAAAAGCAACAAAUGUUUGAAAAUUUCAAGAAGCAACACCCGGAAAUGGAUUUCAGCAAAGCCAAAUUUACGUAA